AUGAAGCAAUUGGCUCCACUCCUCGCCGUGAUAAACUUGCUUCUCCUGGUUCAUGGAGAUGACGUAACUUUAUCAUCAGCGGUUGGAGAUCCCGGGAUGAAGAGAGACGGUCUCAGAGUUGCAUUUGAAGCUUGGAACUUCUGCAAUGAGGUUGGUUUCGAAGCUCCUCACAUGGGCAGUCCUCGAGCCGCAGAUUGCUUCGAUGUCUCUACCAAGUGCAGCAAAUCACACAGAAAAUAUCAAUCAAACAUCACAAGAAGUGGUGGUUAUUCCUUGGUGCACAAGGUACCAGAUUCGGAUAACAAGCUAGGGAUCGGAGAUCGUAAACCAGGAAUCAUAUCAGAACCAGCAUUACAAAACCCAGAUCUUUACGCGGUCGAGAAAGAACUCUAUCUAGGUUCCCUCUGUCAAGUCUCAGACGAGCCAAACCCAUGGAGUUUCUGGAUGGUGAUGCUCAAAAACGGAAACUACGACACAAAAUCCGGUCUUUGCCCUCAAAACGGCAAAAAGAUCCCACCUUUUAAUCAACCCGGAGAAUUCCCCUGUUUCGACACAGGCUGUAUGAACCAACCGGUACUGAACCACGGAAAGACCGAGCUCCUUAGUGACGGUCGAACCAUGAAGGGAUGGUUCAAUGGUACGUACGAGCUUGAAGCAGAUGUGGGAAAUGGAAUCGAUGGGAUAAGUUAUUACGAGGUUGUGUGGGAGAAGAGAGUCGGUGACAUUGGUGGUUGGGUGUUUAAACACAAGCUUAAGACUUCACAAAAGUAUCCAUGGCUUAUGCUUUACCUUAGAGCUGACGCAACUAAAGGAUUCUCUGGUGGAUACCAUUAUGACACUAGAGGAAUGCUCAAAACACUCCCGGAGUCACCAAACUUCAAAGUGAGACUAACCCUAAAUAUAAAACAAGGAGGAGGACCGAAGAGUCAAUUUUACUUGCUUGACAUCGGAAGCUGCUGGAAAAACAACGGCGAUCCCUGCGACGGUGACGUAACCACCGACGUAACUCGUUACUCGGAGAUGAUCAUAAACCCAGAAACCCCCCUUUGGUGCAACCCAAAGUCUCUCAACAAUUGUCCACCGUACCACACGUUUCGAAACGGCACGAGAGUCCACCGUACGGACAGUCGGAGAUUCCCUUACGGGGCUUACCACGUUUACUGUGCGCCUGGAAACGCCGAGCACCUCGAGCCUCCGGUGGGGACUUGCGAUGCUUUUAGUAACCCACAGGCUCAGGAGAUUCUUCAGCUUUUGCCUCACCCGGUUUGGGGUGAGUAUGGAUACCCGACCCGGAUGGGUGAUGGUUGGGUGGGUGACCCGAGAACUUGGGAGCUUGAUGUUGGUGCUUUGUCUAGUAGCCUUUACUUCUACCAGGAUCCCGGUACGGCUCCGGCGAGGAGGAUAUGGACAUCGGUGGAUGUGGGUACGGAGAUUUAUAAAGAUGAAGCAGUUGCAGAAUGGCAUCUUUCUGAUUUCGAUGUUCUUAUUACUUGA